CUCUCCGUGUGUAACGGUCUCGCGCAGCGCGCUGAGGAGCCGAGCCGAGCGGAGUGCGCAUGCACAGCAGCCCCAAACAUCUCCAAAUAGUCCCCCUCAGUUAGAAAGCCGAGCCCACCGCUCACUACAGAGCUCAGAAAAAAAAAAAAACAGAGACACUUCAGGCUUAUUUCUCCCCCCAAAUCUGCCCCAAACCCCCUAAAAAACCCCACCCUACAGCAACCCCGCCACCAACUCAUUCCAGGAGCAGCAGCAGCAGCUCCACCGACCAGCCCCGCUCCGCUCCGCUGCUGGAGAGCUCCGGUGACGUCAGCGCCGUCUCGAGAAGUCAGUCGGAGUGCGCGGAGCCGCUGGAGGGACUCACUCCUCACUCACAGUCUCUCUCUCUCACACAGUUUCAGCGAGUAGAGUUAGUAGUAGUAUAGUAGUGUGUCUGCACUGUUACCGGCGGCACUGGUGGUAUUUUCGGGUUUUGGGGGGCGGAAGCGGGCAGGAGGCGAGUUGUUUCCACACAGUGAGCGCGUGCGAGCCUGUAUAUGAGCGCGCGCGGAGAGUCGCGAGGAGCCGAGAGUGACCGUUAAAGCUGCGGAAAGAGAGACAGAGAGAAGAACGGAGCCCGUUUAACCCCGGAGCUGAGCGGGCUGAGCGCCAUGGACGGAGUUUUACCUGGACUCCUGGCUCUGCUCGCGUUACUGGCUUCAGUUCGGGGACAAGUUUUCAGAGGUGAAUGUAACUUCGAGCGGCCAUACGCAGAGUGCGGAUACAGCCAAGGCAAGGAUGACGACUUUGACUGGGAGCAGGUCAACACCAAGCAGAGGCCGUCCACAGACCCCUGGAUACCUGCAGGCUCGUCCUUUAUGAUGGUGAACACUUCUGGAAAGUUCCCUGGACAGAAAGCCCAACUGUUGGUCCCUCCCCUGAAGGAGAAUGACACCCACUGUCUCACGUUCCAGUAUUAUGGAGCCAGUGGCGAGGGCUCCAGCCCCGGCCACCUUAACAUCUACGUCAAAGAGAACAACAGCCCUGUGGGCUACCCAGUGUGGAACUCUUCGGGACCUGCCUUCCAUACGUGGAGGCAAGUAGAGCUGGCGGUCAGCACCUUCUGGCCCAACUUUUAUCAGCUCAUCUUUGAAGCUGUGACCUCAGGACAGCCAGGGCUGCUGGCCAUCAAGGACAUCUCACUCCAGGGACAUCAGUGCAUGAGCACUCCACACUUCAUGCACAUCAAAGGUGUGGAGGUCAACGCCAAGCAAACGGCCACUUUCCACUGCACCAUUAACGGCCAGCCCAAGGACCACACCAACUACAAACUCUGGCUGCAGGGUAUCGGAGGCAGAGAGGCCCCGAUGAAGGACACCAAACCAGUAAACCUAAGACGCUACAUGGCCACGUUUGACGUUGAGAACACUACCAAAGGGGAUUCAGGACGUUACCGUUGUAUUGUCCAAUCAGACAAAGGAGUAGGCGUGUCCAGCUACGCCGAGCUCAUAGUAAAGCAACCACCAAUCCCUAUUGCUCCACCUCAGCUGACCGCCGUAGGCGCCACCUACUUGUGGAUCCAGCUCAACGCCAAUUCGAUUAACGGAGACGGCCCCAUCAUCGAGAAGGAGGUUGAGUAUCGCACCAUGUCCGGGAGCCUGAUUGACAGCCAGCCUGUGGACAAACCGAACCACAAGAUCGGCCAUCUGGACCCGGACACCGAGUACGAGAUCAGCGUUCUUCUGACCAGACCCAAUGAGGGAGGCACUGGAGCUCCGGGUCCCCCGCUGAAAGCCAAGACCAAAUGUGCCGAUCCCAUGCAUGGUCCACGGAAGCUGGAGGUGGUGGACAUCAAAUCCAGGCAGAUCACCGUGCGCUGGGAGCCGUUCGGCUACAAUGUUACUCGCUGCUACAACUACAGCCUGACGGUGGAGUACCGAUACAAGGUGAACAGUAAGGAUGAGACACGAGAGGAAGAGAUUGAGUUACGCAACAUGGUCUCCCAGUACACCCUCCACAACCUGUCCCCCUACACUAACGUCAGCGUCAAGCUGGUGCUCCGCAACCCCGAGGGUGUCAAGGAGAGUCAGGAGCUGGCAGUUCUAACAGACGAGGAUGUGCCGGGCCCUGUGCCCAUGGAGUCUAUCCAGGGAAGCACCUAUGAAGAGAAGAUCACACUCAAAUGGCGAGAGCCCAUUCAGACGUAUGGAAUCAUUAAACAGUAUGAAAUACUCUACAAAGCGGUCAGCUCCUUUGACCCAGAGUUCAACCUGACCAACCAGAGCGGGAAGGUGCUGAAGAACAGUAAUGAGACAUCGCACACGUUCGUGGGGCUUUACCCAGGCUCCACUUACUCCUUCACUAUCCGAGCCAGCACCGUGAAAGGCUACGGUUCAGAGUCCAGGACCCAGUUUACCACCAAGAUCUCAUCCCCACACAUGCCUGGUUAUGAUCAGGAGACUCCUCUCAAUCAGACAGACAGCACUGUGACAGUCCUGCUGAAACCUGCCCAGAGCAGAGGAGCACCGGUCAGUGUGUAUCAAGUGGUGGUGGAGGAAGAGCGCCCACGUCGGUUGCAGAGGGCUGCUGAGAUUCUGCGGUGCUACCCAAUCCCCGUCCACUUUCAGAAUGCCACGGUCCUGAGUUUUCCCUAUUAUUUCACUGCUGAGUUCCCAGCCUCUCGUAUCCAGAGCUCCCUGCCCUUUACCAUUGGAGACAACAAGACCUAUGAGGGCUACUGGAAUGCCCCCCUGCUGCCCCACAAGAGCUACAGCAUCUACUAUCAAGCAGUCAGCAAGGCCAAUGGGGAAACCAAAAUCGAUUGUGUUCGUGUGGCCACUAAAGCCGCCAUAAUCGUGACCCAGCUCACCACGCCAUACAUACGCAUCGCGCCGGCCGCAGGCGACAACCAGCUAACAGGGGCAGCGACUAGGAAGCCUGAUGCGGUGGAGCCAGAGAAGCAAACAGAUCACACAGUUAAAAUAGCCGGCGUCAUCGCUGGCAUCCUCCUCUUCGUCAUCAUCUUCCUGGGAGUGGUGCUGGUCAUGAAGAAACGAAGAACCUAUCACUCCUACACUUAUUACCUGAAACUUGCAAAGAAGCGCAAGGAGACGCUGAGCAGCACAAGGCAGGAGAUGACUGUGAUGGUGAACUCUAUGGACAAGAGCUACACUGAGCAGGGCACCAACUGUGACGAGGCCAUCUCCUUCAUGGACACCCACAACCUGAAUGGAAGAACUGUCUCCUCACCAUCGUCAUUCACCUUGAAGACUAACACACUCAGCACCUCCGUGCCCAACACCUAUUACCCAGACCCUUUUGUGCCAACUGCUAUCCUAGGACUGACCAGUUCCUCUGGCCCCGUGUCUCUCUCCCCCGCUGCAGACGAGAACCACACGGCCACCAGUGACACCAGCAGCUUGGUACAGUCCCACACACACUCCUACAAGAAGAGAGAGGCUGUGGAUGUGCCCUACCAGACUGGGCAGCUUCACCCAGCCAUCCGCGUGGCUGACCUGCUCCAGCACAUAACACAGAUGAAGUGUGCUGAGGGCUACGGCUUUAAGGAGGAGUAUGAGAGCUUCUUCGAAGGGCAGGCUGCACCAUGGGACUCUGCAAAGAAAGACGAGAACCGGAUGAAGAAUCGUUACGGAAACAUCAUCGCAUAUGACCACUCCCGUGUCCGACUGCAGGCUCUUGAAGGAGAGCAAAGCUCAGAUUACAUUAAUGCAAAUUACAUUGAUGGAUACCAUCGACCAAACCACUACAUAGCAACCCAAGGCCCCAUGCAGGAGACAGUCUAUGAUUUCUGGAGGAUGGUAUGGCAGGAGAACACAGCAACUAUUGUCAUGGUGACUAACCUGGUGGAGGUUGGCAGAGUAAAGUGUUGUAAGUACUGGCCAGAUGACACAGAAAUCUACAGAGACAUGAAGGUGACUCUGAUUGAGACGCAGCUGCUGUCAGAAUAUGUCAUUCGAACCUUCGCUGUGGAAAAGCGAGGAGCCCAUGAGAUCAGGGAGAUCAGGCAGUUUCAUUUCACCGGCUGGCCGGACCACGGAGUGCCCUACCAUGCCACCGGCCUGCUGGGCUUUAUUCGCAGGGUCAAAUCCAAGAGUCCAGCCAACGCUGGCCCCAUGGUUGUCCACUGCAGUGCUGGGGCUGGCCGUACGGGCUGCUUCAUUGUCAUCGACAUCAUGUUGGACAUGGCUGAACGAGAGGGUGUGGUGGACAUCUACAACUGCGUACGAGAGCUGCGCUCACGCAGAGUCAACAUGGUCCAGACCGAGGAGCAGUACGUGUUCAUCCAUGACGCUAUAUUGGAGGCGUGUUUAUGUGGUGACACCACCAUCCCAGCCAAUCAGCUGCGUUCAGUAUAUUACGACAUGAACCGCCUGGAUCCUCAGACCAACUCCAGCCAAAUUAAAGAGGAGUUCAGAACUCUGAACAUGGUAACCCCCACCCUGCGAGUGGAGGACUGCAGCAUUGCUCUGCUUCCACGAAACCAUGAGAAGAACCGCUGUAUGGAUGUUCUCCCACCUGACCGCUGCCUGCCCUUCCUCAUCACUAUUGAUGGAGAGAGCAGCAACUACAUCAACGCAGCCCUAAUGGAUAGCUACAAGCAACCAUCUGCUUUCAUCGUUACCCAGCAUCCUUUGCCCAACACUGUUAAGGAUUUCUGGAGACUGGUCCUGGACUACCAUUGUACAUCUAUAGUAAUGCUGAACGACGUGGACCCUGCCCAGCUGUGUCCACAGUACUGGCCUGAGAAUGGUGUACACAGACACGGGCCUAUUCAGGUGGAGUUUGUAUCUGCUGACCUAGAGGAAGACAUUAUUAGUAGGAUAUUCCGUAUCUACAAUGCUGCACGGCCGCAGGACGGGUACCGCAUGGUGCAGCAGUUUCAGUUCCUGGGCUGGCCCAUGUACCGAGACACACCAGUGUCCAAACGCUCCUUCCUCAAACUUAUCCGCCAGGUGGACAAGUGGCAGGAGGAAUAUGAUGGAGGAGAGGGACGCACUGUGGUGCACUGCCUAAAUGGAGGUGGACGCAGUGGGACUUUCUGUGCAAUCAGUAUUGUGUGUGAGAUGUUAAGGCACCAGCGCUCUGUGGACGUGUUCCAUGCUGUCAAAACACUGAGGAACAACAAGCCCAACAUGGUGGAUUUAUUGGAUCAGUAUAAAUUCUGUUAUGAAGUGGCACUGGAGUACUUGAAUUCUGGAUAAGUGUUCUGGAGACGGCUUCCCCCAACCCCCCAUCGUCCCACUGUCCCACGGCCCCUUUUCCCCCUGAAUAGAGACUAUACCACGCAUGAAUGUCAAAGGGAUGGACUGAGACGCGAAGAGGUGCGCUGCUCGGGCCGCUGUGGCCGUAACUCGCGGUUGGCUGAAUGUGGUCGGAAUAUGGUCUUCAGAGUCUAAACGGAGGGCCGGACUCUUGCACUGUCCACAGUUUGAACUUUUAACUCUGACCUUUGCCCCUCUCCUGUCUCUUCUGUUCGGUGUAUGUAAAUUUCAGCGAGAGCUGGUCCAGUCACACACUCCCCGUCUUCAUGUUACACGUCUUCUCUUCAGCGAGCACACUGAUGUACCUUUCUCUCUCUCCGUUGGUCUCCGUCUGACUGAUUUCUGCAUUUGGGAUCUUUUUUUCUCUCUCCUUCUGCCUGUGACUCCUGUGUCUUGCCUUUUGAUCCUCGUUGGAUAACUCAUGUGGACGUGUUUAUUUUUUUAUCACUGAUUUUUAUUUGAUUUUCUACUUCUGUUUGUUAUUAGGAGACAGAAUGAUGUGUAGCUGAAGUGAAAAACUGGCAUUAAGAGCACGGAUGCUAAAUGUUGCAUUGCCAUUAUUGUGAUUGCUGCAAAAUGUUGUUGUGUUAAAAGGUGGAGCACUGCUGAAGCUGUCCACGAGCAAGCUUAACGUCAUGUCAAAAGAUCCAAAGCUUAUAUUCGUGAUCAUUUGUUAAUAUUGUAAAUACUUGAAGGAUGGCAGAUUAUUUAUUCAUUGAAAGUUUUUUGUGAAGCACAUUGAGUGACAAUCAUGUUUUUAUUUGGUCAUUAUUAUCUCCCUCUUUUGUCAGGCUUGGCAUAAUAAUGGUGACCAGGAUGUAAUGUUAGCUUUUUAUUUAUCUUGUAUGGACAAAUUAAACUUACAAAUACAUACAUAUCUAUACCGA